UUUAGGAUGGUUCAAUGAGCAUCCAAUUUAAAUGUUUAAUGAAGUCAAUUCAGAUGUGAAAGAUCAAUAGUACUAAUUGAAAUUGUAUUGGAUUCUCUUGUAUAAAGCAUUAGGUAAUUAUUUUAAGAGGCUCUUUUCAAUAUCUGAAAUAAUAUUUAUCAUUAUGGGAUUGAUGUUUAUAUUAUAUGUUGUUUGGGUUAUCAUCCAGACAAUUAGCACAAAUUUGAUAAUUAUAAAAAGAAUAGAAAUUAAAGAUGAUAACAACACAAAAUCAUGA